CACGGAGCCGAAGGUCUUGAUUUCCAAAACACCAAAACAGGAGGAAAAAGAGUUGGGCCGAACUCUUGAGUCCAGUUUUCCAAAUAGAGCAUAAACCCCUCUCAUGAAUAUCCAAACCAGUCAUGAUAGCCGCUGUACACUCCGAAUCUCCAUUGGAACCCACCUUGAAACAACACCACCCACUCCCUACGCUCAAUCUCAGAAGGUUAGUCAAUCUCAAUCAUCCCUCCCUUCCCAAUUAUUGUUCCUUUCGCUUUUCUUUUUUGUAAUUCAAGUAUUCAACAUUAAAAGAAAGACAGCCAUCUACCUAUGGUUGUGUUUCUCAAAGUUCGAAGCUUUUUCUGCACGAUACAAUCUAAAGGAUUGCAAACCCUAAACCCCUUUAUUCCAUUGAGUGUAUUUUUUCACUCUGAAUACUCUAAUCAUUCGGAAUCAUCAGGCUCUUCAAGACCAAAAAUUGCCCACAACAAUGUGGCAAUCUUCUGGGAUCUGGACAAUAAACCACCGAACUCGUUCCCACCAUACGAAGCCGCUGCCAAGCUAAAGGCGGCGGCGUCUUCUUUUGGGGAUGUUAGAUACAUGGUGGCGUAUGCAAAUCGCCACGCGUUUGCCUAUGUCCCGCAAGUUGUUAGGGAGCAUCGGAGAGAGAGGAGGAAGAAGUCGAACCCGUUGAAGAAUAGGGGGCUGACUAAGGCAGUUGAGCCGCAUCUCUGUCGAGUUUGUGGGAGAAAGUUUUACACGAAUGAGAAGCUUGUGAAUCAUUUUAAGCAAAUACAUGAGUCGGAGCAUAUAAAGAGGUUGAAUCAGAUAGAGUCAGCGAGGGGGGCGAGGAGAGUGAAGUUGGUGGCCAAGUAUUCCAUGAAAAUGGAGAAGUAUAAGAAUGCUUCAAGGGGCAUUUUGAACGCCAAUUUGGGGUAUAGUUUGGCCGAUGAGUUGAAGCGGGCAGGGUUUUGGGUUCGAACUGUGCCGGAUAAUCCACAAGAGGCGGAUGCUGCCUUAAAAAGUCAUAUGGUAGAUAUGAUGGACGGAAGGAGGGUUGAGUGUAUGUUGCUUGUAUCAGAUGAUUCAGAUUUCGUGGAUGUUUUGAAGGAAGCAAAACUGAGAUGUCUGAGGACAGUUGUUGUUGGGGAUAUGAACGAUGGAGCUUUGAAGAGGGUUGCAGAUGUGGGAUUUUCAUGGAUGGAAGUUUUGAUGGGAAAGGCUAAGAAACAGGCAGGAUCGGUCCUUGGGAAAUGGAGGGACCGGGAUGUUUUGAAGAGGUUAGAGUGGACAUACAAGUCUGAAGUGGAGAAAAAGGUAUAUGCUUUUGAGGAUGAUGUUGAGGAUAUUGAGGAUAAGGGUUUUGAAGAAAUUGUUCGUGGGAGAGUUGAUGAUAAUAACAUACAAGAGGAGGAUAGCAGCGCUUGGUGGGAGCUGGACUCUGCUGAUGUUAUGGUUUCCUCACAAUCACUGAAGAGAUUGGAGUGGACAUACAAUCCAUACUCGAAGCAUAAUAUUGUAAAUGAUUCCGAGGAUGAGACUGAGGAUAUCUGUUUUGAAGACUGCAUGCAAAACGAAGACAGCAGUACUUGGUCAGAUCCGGACUCGAAUCCUGAUGCCGUCUCUUCACAAUCAUGUAGAUGACUGAUGGUGGUUUGUUUGUAUUUUAUGAGUUUGUUAUGUGGGAAACCGGUAAGUUCACUUACCUUCUCUUGGCUAGCAUUUAUCGGAUAAUGACAGAAUUAAAGAGUUGGAUCAUCGAUACAUGAUUCAAGGCAGUCAAAGUCCCAGCCACCCCCACUUCCUUGUGUUACAGAAUUCAUCGAUACAUGAAAGCACGCCUUUUGCCAUUUUACAACCCUGUAAACAGCCAGUACCAAAAACAGAGAAAGCCGGGCCUUAUGCAGCUGAUUUCUUUUGAGGAAGUUGAAAUAAUUACAUCUUUAGCUUGUAAAUCUUGUAAUAAUAUGUUCAAUUGCAUGUAUCUUAAAAACAGGUUGUAUGGUCCUAUAGAUAGAUAAAGGUGUAGUUGCAUUAGCCUUGAUUCUGAUGCAAGUCCAAUGCCCUGUAUUUCACUGACAA